UGUGAGAAGGUAUGGAGAAAUGGGAUGCAUCGUACCCGGUAAUUCUACGCUAUUUGCUAAUUUAAGGUAGAUUCCAUGGUCUACAGGAGGCAAACGUAGCGCACAGCAGGGUAGCAUGACUCUGACCAGGGGACCCUUCACCUACGCCAGUGGGGAAGAGUAUCAUGGAGAGUGGAAGGAAGGUCGGAGGCACGGCAUUGGCCAGCUCAAGUUCCAGGAUGGGAGCUGCUUCACGGGCCAGUUUCAGAAUGGACUCUUUCACGGUUCUGGCGUUCUGCUGUUUACAGACGGAUCAAGAUAUGAAGGAGAAUUUGCCCAGGGAAAGUUCCAAGGCACAGGAGUCUUCGGUCGCUAUGAUGGCAUGAUGUUUGAGGGGGAAUUCAAAAGCGGACGUGUUGAAGGAUACGGGCUGCUGACCUUCCCAGACGGGGCUCACGGUGUACCGCGGAACGAGGGUCUGUUCAAGAACCACAAGCUCCAGAAGAGGGAGAAGUGUCCCGGGGUGGUUCAGAGAGCCAAGGCCUCAGCCGGCACUGCCCGCAGCCUGGCACUAUGACCCUGAGCUCCACCCCCACCGGCUCCACCAGCCUGGCACUAUGACCCUGAGCUCCACCCCCACCGGCUCCACCAGCCUGGCACUAGGAGCCAGGGGCGUUACAGCACCUUUCAGCAGGGCCUCAGGGAUGAACACCUUAACUUGAGCUUUUCUACUGCUCCCUCUAUCUUUCUCACUCUUUCUCUCUUUUUAUCUCUCUCUCUGUCGCUCUCUCUUUUUUUUUAAUCUGCCUCUGCUCCUUGCUUUAGCUCUGCCUUCACGAUGGCUUUGAAUGCAUCUCACGCGCCUUGUGAACACAUAACCGACGACAGUAUGAUUGGUUCUAAAUGCACAAUUUCAUAUUGAUUUCCUUCAUCUUGUUCAUUGUGCUGCUGGAAGAAGCAUGUACGCACUAGAAGCUGUUGUGCCGCUUCUCAAACAGGAUGUUUAAUGUAUCUCAGAACCGUCUUUAGCCUCUACCAUAUCUGAUAGUUUGCAGUCGUAGCAGACGACGAGAUCGUGUUAUGUGUCUGAUGUUACAGAUACGAGAUCGUGUUAUGUGUCUGAUGUUACAGAUACGAGAUCGUGUUAUGUGUCUGAUGUUACAGAUACG